AUGACGAUUGGUCUGGAGGAGUGGUUUUCGAACUUCACUCAGAUUUUUGGUCAUCGUUUGACACCGCAAAUUCUCGCUACCGUUCCUCGACCGUAUACAGAACUGGCAAUUUUUGGUGCAUUCAAAGGAGGGGAGCUUGCGUCUGUUAUAGGUGGGUGUGUUGUUCAUCCAAUUUACCGAGCUUACUUAAAAAGUCGUUUGACACCAGAAACAACUACUAACAAUUCAUUCAAAAUUAUUCGAAGCACAUGUAGACGUUUACAGGGGCGAUUUUUGCUAGGAGGACUUUUAUUGGGGCCUGUCGUCGCCCUGCUUUGUGUCACCAAUCGUACCAGUGAUGAAGUAAAAGAGUUGUGCUACCGGAUCCGCUGCAGCGAAAGAAAUUUAGUUACGGAUCGUUUGUCAUUUUGUCUUGGUUUCGUUGGUUGGUACUGGAAAAGGUUCCAAGGUGCAGUUGACGGAAUCAAUAUAGCCGUACUUUACGCUCUCUUUUACUUCACGGUCUUACGCGACCGUACACUGCCGCUGCUGGUUGACAAAGUCAAGCCUGAAGAAAGGCUGCCCACGGCAAAGGACAGUGAGCAAAUGAAAUCUGUCUUUCACGGGUUUCUCUAUCGAAGAAAAACUGAUUUUGAAAAGAGCAAGGGUGAACGAACAGAACAGAACUGA